UAUUUCUUACAUCCCUAGUUUCAACAUUCCGGUGUUUUGGUUUUGUUUGCAGCACACUUGUUCAAUUAUAGUUGUACGGUAAAAUGACUGAUUGGGUUCAAAAAGCCGAAGAUCAAGAAGUAUCCAAAUUGGUUGACAAGCUUGAAAUAAAAUCUGAUAAUGGCACAAAACCAGCAGAUGAUAACGAGUGCGAUACAGCCGACCCUGCUGAAACAAGUUUACUAAUUAAAAUAUUAGGCAAAGGAUUGUCUAACACAAAGCUUUCGCUAGACAUUCAACAAAAAAAUCCGAAUUCCCCAUUGCAUUCCGUUAAAACAUUUGAAGCUCUUCAUCUGAAACAAGAGCUGUUAAACGGAAUUUAUGCCAUGGGAUUUAAUACACCAAGUAAAAUACAGGAGACUGCGUUACCAACACUACUUGCAGAUCCGCCACAAAAUAUGAUUGCGCAAAGCCAGUCUGGUACAGGAAAAACUGCGGCGUUUGUCUUAGCUAUGCUAAGCCGAGUAAACGUUAAUUUAAAUCACCCUCAGGUUUUGUGCUUAUCUCCUACGUACGAAUUAGCUAUUCAAACUGGGGAAGUGGCUGCAAGAAUGGGACAAUUUUGUCCAGAAAUAAAACUUCGAUUUGCAGUUCGUGGUGAAGAAGUUGAUCGAAAUAAAAGAAUCUCUGAACAUAUUUUAAUUGGAACUCCUGGAAAAAUGUUGGAUUGGGGAUUAAAAUUUCGACUUUUUGAUAUGAAAAAAAUUUCGGUGUUUGUAUUGGAUGAAGCCGAUGUGAUGAUCGCCACUCAAGGUCACCAUGAUCAAUGUAUUAGAAUUCAUAAAAUGUUAAAUGCCCAAUGCCAAAUGCUAUUUUUCUCUGCAACAUAUGAUAAAGAAGUGAUGGAUUUUGCCCGUCUUAUAGUAACGGAACCAACUAUAAUAAGAUUAAUGCGUGAGGAAGAAUCGCUUGAUAACAUAAAACAAUAUUAUGUUAAAUGCCAAAAUGAAGAUGGAAAAUACAACGCAAUUCAAAAUAUUUAUGGGUGUAUAAGCAUUGGACAGGCGAUAAUAUUUUGUCACACUCGAAGAACUGCCGCUUGGCUUGCAGCAAAAAUGACUUCCGAUGGACAUUCUGUGGCUGUUUUAUCGGGUGAUUUAACAGUUGAGCAAAGACUAGCUGUUUUAGAUCGAUUUCGUUCUGGGCUUGAAAAAGUUCUAAUAACUACAAACGUCUUAUCAAGAGGUAUUGACAUUGAGCAAGUUACAAUUGUCGUUAACUUCGACUUGCCAGUAGAUGUACGUGGAAAUGCUGAUUGUGAAACUUAUCUACAUCGAAUAGGCCGGACAGGACGUUUUGGUAAAUCUGGAAUUGCCAUAAAUCUUAUUGAUGGAGAUAAAAGCAUGGACGUGUGUAUCGCAAUAAAAAACCAUUUCAAAAAAGAAAUUCAAAUAUUAAAUACUGACUGCGCCGAUGAUAUAGAAAAAAUUGGAACGUGAUCCAUUUUAGUACAGUAUGAAAUAUAUGAAAAUGAAGAAAUUCAAUUUAUGUAAAUAUUAAAUUGGAUUGUUGAAAAUAAAUUAAAAUUUUCUAUAUAA